UUUGGCCCAAAAGAAGGUCCCCGUCCAGUUGAAAACAGGUGCGGCAUCCAGAUCCGCAUUAUCAUGGUGGCGACUCGCUCAGGCUACGCAGGCUCAACCCUGGAUGAUGAUGAAGGUCACUCAAGAAGCACUGCCACUGCAACUGCAAAUCAUGAAUCCGUCCUGGUGGUUGCACGGGGUGCCGCUGAUGAUGGGAGCGAUUCAUGGGAAAUUCCAAGUGAGGCGGUUGACGGCAAUGAUGAUGAGACACGCAUUGGCGAUGGUGAAGGCUCCUCAAGUGAAGGGGGGUCGAUGUCCCCGGCUGGGACCCUUGAGGUGGUGAGCCAAUUGGCAUCAGAGUGUGAGGUAGAAGAUGCUGCCUCAGAACCUCCCGACUAUUGCGCCAUGAUCACUCGCCAGCCCAAUCUGAAUCCAAAUGAUGCUGAAGCAGCUGUGGAAGCGCGCUAUGGCAAUGGUGUUGGACCAAUCACUACGCAUAUCCAUCACAACGACCACCACCACCACAGUGACGCAUUCCACUUCCACACAACCCACAAACAUGCACACUACCGCAACACUGACAACUCCCACAACGUGCACCAUCACCAUCACCACAAGCUCACCAUUCGACACGUGCAUCUAUACACCACGCACCAUCAUAACGUGCAUCACCACAACUACUUCCACUACUGCAGCGGCGAUGGUCAGGGAGACAGCAUGCCUCCUACACCCAGACCCAGGCAAAGAAGUUUUUCAGAACCUGUAUACCGCGUGCGCAUUCCAUCCCCAGCUGCCAUCCGCGACCAAGACAUGGAGGAGGAGGAGGAGCCGGUUGCAUUUGAGCAGGGUGCGCAAUUUGAGUAUGAUCAUCUUCCAGACUCUGCAGAUGACGCAGAGCGGGAAGACUUGGAAGCGCCUCCAACCAAAGUGAGAAGGACUACUUGAGUCCUGGCAAUGCCAUCAUCAUAGUGCCGCAUGCCAUCAGUGAUUUUGACCAACACUUGAGAACUUUGAGUUCAGUCCAAUCGGAACCUGACUCAUGCCGUUGCUUGCAAGAAGCGACUGGUAUUUCAGGUUGCGCGUGCAAGUCGAAAUACCACACUGUGAAAGAUGUGGCUGA